GUGGUCACUGAUAUAGCGAUGUGAUUCCGGGACAAUGAAUCUCCUUUUAGUCAUUCAACCGGUCGUACCACAAAUCCUUUUCUCCAUUGGUAAAGUGAAAUGAGACGGAAAAAAAAAGAAGAAGAAGAAGAUGGUUUAAACUUUAAAACCUUUCUGGGAUUUGAUUUACAACCGCGUAAAUGUAUCAAGAAAGCAAGAAGGAAAAAAUAGCACGUAAAAUGUAAGCAAAAGAAAAGACAAUCAUUCAAAAUAAAAAGAUAGAAAUCUUUUCGAUAUUUUCAUUUUUAAAAUGAAGAGACAGUAUUGAAAAGAGAAAGAAUCGAAUUCGAAAUUUAUAUCGCUAUCUGAUGUAUGGGAGAGUAUGUAAUUGAUUCGAUUUCAUGGUCACUGACGAAUUUUUCAGCUUUUAUUUACAUAUAAAAAGGCCUAUGGAGGAGGAGAAGAAAACCAUCAUUCCACCGCUCAUCCUGCCAGCUUCCUACCGAAAUCAUACCAACUAGGAAAACUUAUUUGUGGAAACGCCUCCCUGUCUAACUAAGCUACUGUAUUCGUACAACCGCCCUGUCGAUUCGAUAUGGGUUACGUGAAUCAUGAUCUUGAUGACCAGAACUCAAACCAAGGAUUAGUGCUACAGAAUGGAAAAGAAAUCCUAUUCCAGGCUUUCAACUGGGAGUCACAUAAACAUAAUUGGUGGAGAACACUAGAAAGAAAAGUCCCUGAUAUUGCAAAGUCGGGGUUCACGACAGCAUGGUUGCCACCAGCAACCAAUUCCUUCGCACCAGAAGGUUACCUACCUCAGGACCUUUAUUCUCUCAACUCCGCAUAUGGUUCUGAGCAUAUGUUAAAAGCUUUACUGUAUAAAAUGAAGCAGCAUAGAGUUAGACCAAUGGCUGACAUAGUUAUUAACCAUCGUAUUGGAACUACCCAAGGGCAUGGAGGAAGAUAUAACCGCUAUGAUGGGAUUUCAUUAUCAUGGGAUGAACGCGCUGUUACAUCUUGUACUGGUGGAUUGGGAAACCGAAGCACUGGAGACAACUUUAACGGGGUUCCAAACAUAGAUCAUACACAAACUUUUGUUCGGAAAGACAUCAUCAAGUGGCUACAGUGGCUCCGAUAUGAUGUUGGUUUCCAGGAUUUCCGUUUUGACUUUGCAAGAGGGUACGCACCAAAAUUUGCAAAAGAGUAUAUUCAGGAGGCUAAACCAAUAUUUUCCGUUGGAGAAUACUGGGACUCCUGUAGCUACAGUGGAUGCGGCUUGGAGUACAAUCAAGAUAGUCAUAGGCAGCGGAUUAUCAAUUGGAUUGACAACACAGGAGGGCUUUCCACUGCAUUCGAUUUCACAACAAAGGGAAUUCUUCAGGAAGCUGUUAGGGGAGAAUUGUGGCGUUUACGUGAUGCUCAAGGAAAACCACCAGGGGUGAUGGGGUGGUGGGCUUCUAGGGCAGUCACGUUCCUUGAUAAUCAUGAUACAGGUUCCACACAGGCUCACUGGCCUUUCCCCUCUAGUCAUGUUAUGGAGGGUUAUGCUUAUCUACUCACACAUCCAGGAAUACCAUCCGUGUUCUAUGACCACUUUUGUGAUUGGGGAGAAUCUAUUCAUGAUGAAAUUGUGAAGCUGAUGAGCAUUCGAAAAAGUAAAGGAAUUCAUAGUCGAUCAUCAAUAAAGAUUGCUGAGGCCCAGCCAAAUCUCUACUCAGCAUUCAUCGGGGAAAAAGUGUGCAUGAAGAUUGGAGACGGGACCUGGUGCCCAGCUGGGAAAGAAUGGACUCUAGCAACUUGUGGUCACGGAUAUGCAGUCUGGCAGAAGUAAAAACUCCAUUUCCAUGGUAACUAAUGUAUUUAUGAAUAAGACGGACACACAAUCUUUUGUUUUAGAGAUUGUUGAUGUAUUACUAGAGUAUACGUAUGCGGCAUUUUAUCACUUACAUGCAACAGCUUCGGCAUUUUAUCACUCACAUGCAACAGCUUUACGUUCUUUAUAAUAGGUUAUCAUAUGGACUCAUUAGUUAGUCCUCUUGAUGAUCAAUCA